AUGUCUGAUGUCGACGAAAAACAGCCCCAGGACCUGAAGGAGCCAAGCAUUGGCCCUGAACACAGACAGAGCAUGGUCUCUGACGUUCCCCAGUCUUUCGACGGUCUUCCUCCUUUGAAAUCCUACGAUACCGCUUACCCGCCACUUAAUCAAUACUCCAAUCAAAAAUCACUCCAGCCUUUAGGCCACAGAAAACAUUCAGCAUGGCUGGCCUCCGCUACCCCUGUGUCCCAACAAGUGCCCCAUCCAGUACAAGCACCUACCCCUGGAGGACCAGGUCCUCUAGGCCACGUUAUGUACGGAGCCCCUGCUCUCCCGUACGGUGCUUAUAAUUACAAUUCCGCUAAUCCAGGUUAUGCCACUCCCGGUGUCCCCGAGAUGCCCCAUCAAGCCCAUCCCAAUGUGCACACAAACGCUAAUGCUAAUACAAACGGCAAUGCCAAUGGCGGCGAAACUAAUGCCGUUCCUCCACCCGGCGGCCAAGAAAAGGCUCGUCUUAGAGUCAACAAAGCCUGUGAUCGUUGCCGUACGCAUAAGGUCAAGUGCAGCGGAUCACACCCAUGUACUAAUUGCGUGAAACACAGCGUCGAGUGUGUUUUCAGAACGGUAGGCCAAACAGCCACGAAUAAUUUGGCCGGUGUCUCCACAUCUUCUGCUACAAGCCAUGACGGGCUUGCUCCAGCCAGUGAAAUGUCUAUUCCUGACUACCUGGCGCCUCCGAGAAAGAAGCUGAGAUCUGCCUUCUCACCAGAUCCGUUUCCUAAUCAUAGUGAAAAACAUGCUAAUGCUCCAUCAACGCCUAAUUACCACUCUCAUGCGUUGCCUGUGGUGCAGAAAAACUACUCAGACCCAUCAUACACAGCUUACUUAGAGAACCGAGUGCACUACCUCGAGAACUUGCUAUCUGACCACCUGAAUGGGCAUAUCAAGAACGUUGGUAGAAUCAACCCCGAUACCUCGGAUGUGGCGGACUUGAUGCGUCACACAGCUUCCAAGUGGAGGUCAAGCAGAAGACAUCAAAACGCUUUAGUCAUUGAAUUGUGCAAGGCAUUGUACGAAGGUCUUGACCCCGAUGCAAAGCUGAAAGUCACUGUUCCACGUACUCAGUAUUUCGGCUGGAACUUGUCCGGAUGCAACUAUCUCAAGCCCGAGCCAUUGCCGCAAUUACCAGACAUUAAGCUUCUCAAUGAGGCGACAAAAACACACUAUGUUGAUUUCUUCUUCCGUGAAAUCAAUCCCCUUUAUGCCAUUCUACAUGAAACUGUGUUUAGAGAGCAGAUCGUGGCAUUCAACAAACAGACUAAUUCAGGUGCCCCCACCAAUGUCACAGCUCUCUUCCAAGCCAUGCUAUGCUUGGUGUAUGCUUUGAGUAACCGUUUCGUGCAGUUCAUGGCUACUGAUGGCCCUAAUAUGGAAAUGCUUCGUCUAGAAGAAAAGUUGUUCAAGUAUUCACAUAAGGUCUUGCAGAUUUUUAGUUUCGAGUGGGAGUCGUUUGAGUUGAUCCAGUGCUGGCUACUUGCAACACUCUACUUGCGUAUCACACACAGACAAACCGCUGCAAAUUCAGCUUUUGGUCAUGCCAUCAGUAUGUGUCGUUCCAUGGGUUUGUUCAGAGACAGAAAAGUCACAGCAGACGUUUCCACCUAUGAUCUCUUGAAGGCCAAGAGAAUUUUUUUCUCUAUCUACUGUUUCGAUAGAGUCAUCUUCUUACAAGCCGGCCGCUACCGUGCGUUGAACGAGUUUGACAUAAUUCGCCCAUUCCCCAGUUUUGACUAUGUAAAAGAGUCUGCUGGUGAUGAUUGGAUCACGCUACCGGCAUUCGCAAUGAUCCAUAUUGCUCGAGUAUCUAACUACCUCCACACGAACAGUUCAGACAAUUACGAUUUGCUCAAAUCCCAGCAGAUCAAUAAGGAGAUCUAUUUAUUACAAGGAUGGCUAUCUGAGAAUGGAUUCGAUGACGUGCACGAUAUCUUCCCUUAUGAGGGCUGCGGAGGCACGGUGUCCCAUAUGAUGAAGGCAAUUGUGAAACUCCACUUUUAUGAUUUAUUGUUGGCUAUCCACGGCAAGCUCCUUUUCAGCUACUUUGGUAAGAGACUUGCCUCAGAAGGUAUGCAGAUCGAAAAGGUUGUGGAAGCUAAUGAGGGAGUGAUUUAUUUAUUGAACAAGCUCAAGAACGCAAAUUGCCUUUAUGCUCCAUGGUACAUCAACCUACUUUUGUUGUUCAAUGUGGGCAUAAACUGUCUCGUGUUCAUCAAUGCGGGUGUGUUCCUCGUUGAGUCCAGGCGGCUCAUGAAGGAGUCCAUGAAUUUGCUUAACAUUUACCAGGAUUCGCCAGUUAAGAAUGAAAAGGGUAAGCUAGUGUUCCAUGAGAGGUUCAAGAUGGUGAAGGAAUGUAUUUGGGUGUUCAAAAUGACCAACAAAAUCAUGUCACUCAGUUUCCAGAAAUCACUAGCUGAUAUUGAAGAGUACGGCACGGACCCUGGAUCAGCUGAGGUGAACCAGCAGUACUUUUCGCAGUUUGGUUUAAUGAAGAGAAAGAAAAAAGACGAUUUGGAGAAGCUCAUGGAGGACCAAAGCAAACGGGAAUACUAUGGCAAAAGCAGUGUCAACGACGAGUCGUCACCUGGCACGGUGCCAUCACAGCCAGCCUCCGAUGCUUUUGGUAACGAUAACUUUUUGGGUAACCUCCAGUGGUUUGACCAGUGGCUCGACUUUAACCAGGAGAUAUAA